CCGCCCUGUUCAGCACACGUGACCCGGAAGAGGAAGAAAAAUGGCGACUGAGAGGGCGAAGUGGUUGGUGGUGGGGGGAGGAAUCGCUGGAGUCACCUGUGCCGAGCAACUUGCACUUCAGUUUAUGGAGGAUGAUGUCUUUCUGCUGACCGCUUCUCCACUCAUUAAAGCUGCUACCAACGUGAGGCAGGUGUUGAGGACUCUGGAGGAGUUUGAUGUGGAGGAAAAGGAAAGCAGCAUACUGGAGAGACAAUAUCCCAACAUCAGAGUUAUCAGUUCUGCUGUCAGAGAGAUAAAGGCUGAGCAGCAGCAAGUGAUUACAGAGGAUGGAAGACGUUACACCUAUGACAGGCUGUGUCUGUGUGCCGGAGCCAGACCCAAGCUCAUCAACGAUGGGAACCCCUAUGUGCUGGGAAUACGUGACACAGACAGUGCUAAGACCUUCCAGUGUCGCCUGGCCAAAGCUAAACGGGUGGUUAUUGUGGGAAACGGAGGAAUCGCACUGGAACUGGUAUAUGAAAUUGAGGGCUGUGAAGUGAUCUGGGCGGUGAAAGACAAGUCUAUCGGAAACACGUUCUUUGACGCCGGAGCUGCCCAAUUUCUCAUCCCACAACUGAGUUCUGAUAAAGCAGAGACUCCCCUGGCCUGCAAGAGAACCAAAUAUACCACAGAGCUCCUUUCAGAGAGAAAGGAGCCUUGUCUGGGCAGUGCACUGGGGCCUGACUGGCACGAGGGUAUGAAUCUGAAGGCUGCAAAGGAAUUCUCCCACUGUGUCCAUCUAGAGAUGGAGUGUGAGGUACAGAGGGUCCUCCUGAGUGAUGAAUUCAAACAGCUGAAUGUCCCGGCCCACACUGUCCCCCACAGAAUCGCUCCAGAGCACAGCGCUACUUCUGGCAUUGUUGAAUGGCCAGUUUAUGUGGAACUGACAAAUGGAAAACUGUAUGGCUGUGAUUUCAUCAUCAGUGCUACAGGAGUGGUACCGAACGUCGAGCCAUUUCUUCCCGGAAAUAAUUUUGACGUUGGAGAAGAUGGGGGUCUGAAGGUGGAUGACCACAUGCGAACAUCAGUGCCCAAUGUAUAUGCUGCUGGUGACAUCUGCACCGCGGCCUGGACUCCGAGUUCACUCUGGCAGCAAAUGAGGCUAUGGACGCAAGCACGGCAAAUGGGCUGGUACGCAGCAAAGUGUAUGGUGGCCGACCACCUAGGGGAGAAGAUUGAAAUGGAUUUCUGCUUUGAACUCUUUGCACAUGUUACCAAAUUCUUCAACUACAAGGUGAUUCUGCUGGGGAAGUACAAUGCGCAGGGCCUGGCUUUGGACCAUGAACUGAUGCUGCGCUGUACCAAGGGACAUGAAUACGUCAAAGUGGUAAUGCAAAAUGGGCGAAUGGUGGGGGCAGUGCUGAUUGGGGAGACGGACUUGGAGGAAACAUUCGAGAACUUAAUCUUAAAUCAGAUGGACCUGUCAGCAUAUGGAGUGAAUCUGCUGGAUCCAAACAUUGACAUUGAAGAUUAUUUUGAUUAAAAUCCACAAUGGCAUUCGAAGCAGCUUGGGAUUUACAACCCAUUUUUGGAUGUGUGGAUAAAUAAUUUAUUUCAGAAGUUAUUGGAAGUGUGCAGGACACACAGAAAUGAGUGACAGGCUCUGAAAAGGAAACUGCUUUAUUAUGACCACCAAAUGCCUACGUUAGAGAGAAAGCAUUCUGAUAAGUUGUGGUGCUGAGGGACCACAAAUCCCUGCAUGCUCUUACCACCCAAGGUAUGAGGAUAUGAGCCUUCAGUAUUGAAGUGUAUGUCAAGCCAAAAACCUUUUUCUAAUUUUGGAUGAAGCAGGGAACGAAUAAAAUUUGUCGCCUGCAAAGCG